GUGCGCGCGCCAUUACGGUACAAACAUAAACAGGAAGUCAGCUCAAACGGAAGUGGAGAUUCGGCUCGUGCGGAAAUGACUGAAAGUGGCGCUCAGCUUUUUGCUCGUCUUGAGGCCCGUCGCUGUCUGAAGGACAUUGAACCUCAACUGUUUCCUGAACAUGGAGGACCCAACCAUGGUGAGGUGGUGGAGCUGUAUGGAACAGAGGGAACAGGGAAGACGGAGUUGCUUUACCACCUCCUGUGUCGCUGUGUGUUGCCGGUGGCUAGUGGCGGUCUAGAGGUGGACGUUGUGUUCGUGGACACCAACUACAGUCUGGACAUGUUACGACUGGUCAGCAUCCUGGACAGCCGACUGAAUGCGGCUCGUUCUACCGGCUCGUCUUCAGACGAAUCCGAUGAGGCGGCCUUGCAUUUGUGUCUUUCUCGGCUCUUGGUCGUCCACUGCUCCUCCUCAUCCCAGCUCGUUCUCACCCUCCACUUUCUGGAGACUUCCCUGUCGUCCCGGCCUGGACUCGCACUCCUCGCCAUCGACAGCAUCUCUGCUUUCUAUUGGCUGGACCGAUGCGAGGGUGGAGCCAGCGUCACCAAACAGGAAGAGAAACUCAGCAAGUGUAUAGAGCUGCUGGGUCGGCUGCUCAGGGAUUAUAGAAUCACUGUUUUUGCCACCUGCCACGCCAUCAGGAGGAGCUACAAUGGAUCCUCCUGCUCUGACUACGACCGACCAUACCUCUGUCGGCCCUGGCAGCGGCUGGUUACCCACCGGCUGCUGUGCUCCAGGCAGGAGGCUGCAAACAACAUGGCCACCACAGCAGGAAGCAGCAAGGAGCAGAGGAGACAGCAAGUCUUCACCGUUCACUGCACCUCCUCCGGCUCCAUGACAAAGGGUUACAGCAGCAGCUCCUUCUACGUGACAGAUAGAGGAGUGAAGUUCAUCUGAACUGCCAUUGACUGAGCUCCUGCUCACAUGACAUUAAACAUCAGUGAACCCCUCUG